AUGGAUUUUCGCCAGUUCAUACUUAAAGCUGGCACAUAUGAUCCGGCGAAAUUCUCCAAAUUAUUCAACGCACUAUCUGAAUCACAGUUCCAACUUGUUCCAUGGACAUCAACAACUUUUUGGGACAAUAUCAAAAAUGAAGAUUUUGCAGAAUUAUUUAUUAAUGAAGCAUUGAAAUAUUUAUCAGCAGUAUCAGCUCCUCCACCUCCACCUGCUAAUCCGAAAGAUAAAUCUAUACCUCCUCCACCAGAUCAUUCAGCUGAAAUUGAUUCAUGUUUAAUUGCUAUACUUCAUCUUGUCAUAUGCUACAACACAUUCAUACCAGAAUCAUUUUGGAAAGCACCUUACCAGCAACUUCUCGGCUCAGGAAAUCUUUCAAUUUCACAUUCCAUGUUAUUACUGAAUAAACUCUUGACAGCGCAAGAAGUCAACAUGAAGACAAUAUUAGAUAGCAUUACAAACAAAUACGACUCUUUUUUACUGUUAACAAACGUUCCUAUGUUUAAUUUACUCGGAGUUCUCAAAUUAAUACACACAUCUCCAUUGGCAACACGCACACUCUUACAAGCAAUGAAAGUACGUCUUGAAGCACUCAAUAAUUUACAAGAAGCUGAUUGUUUAUUGCAUAUUUUAUUUUUAAUUGUUUCUGUCUUCCCAGCAAUUGACCAAUCGUUGCUGGAUAUGCUCAUUGAGCCCCUAAAGUCAUCCCUCAUCUUCCCACACCCUGUUUCAACUCUUGGCUCCGAAAUCGGCCAAUUAAUUCAAAGAAACGGAGAAUACCCAGGAUCUGCGUUCUACGACAUUCUAUAUAGAAUAGGAUCAACGAACGUGGCUACUAAUGGCUCCGUUCAGGUUUUAUUCGAUCACAAUGCAAGAUAUUUCCCGAAUUUAAUGCAUCAGCGGUACAACCAAAAAUUAUCAGUCGAAACUCAACUAAUAAACUACGGCAGAUACUAUCUCGCAAAGAAACAGCACGUAAUUGUUCCACAAGCAAUGCAUGUUGAAAGAAUUCUUCAAAUGCUCGAUUUUACAAAGAAAUCAGACGCUAAAAUACAAAAGAAGCUUAAGUUAACAACAAUCCCACCUACAGAACCCGAUUUCGAUACUUCAAUUUUAGUUCCUCCAUUUGUCAACACAAUUCCAAUGAAAUUAUCGAUAGAUUACGAAGUAGACACGAAACUUACAGUAGACGGACCAUCGGAGUCCAAAUUCUUGCUUAUUCCUUGUACAGAAAUCCUAAAUACGACUGUAUUUCAGCCUCUCAUUGAAUUUGCCACAAAUCAUGAAGAACCAGCCCUCAUCAAUCACCACAUCGCUGUUCUGGGCGACGACAACGUCCUUUCCUCCAUCAUCCAAGCUCUUUACCUUUGUCUCUCAAAACACGACCAAACACUUUGUAAACGUCUAUCGUUCACCAUUUAUUUGCUACCGGAAGACCAUUCAUCAUUAAAAUUCUCCAAUAAUGUUGCAGACUACAUUGCAAGUAAAGACGACGCGUACAUGAGAUUUGUUUCAAGAGUUUACGAAAAUUGUGUUUCUAUGGCUCCGAAAUUGAAUGAAGAUGUAACACCGAUUAUUUUCCCCUCAAUUCAUUGUGAAGAUCCACCUGAGAACAAUGUAUGGUUUACACAGUCCAAUCCCAGUGCUAUCAUGCAAUUUGCAUUGCAACAUUACUUAACAUUCGCAAGGUUUACUAUUUCUUUGCAUGUUUGGUCAUGUUCUUUGCAAUUCCAAGAUGAUUCAACUGUCCAAAUUCCUUUUGUCGUUUCUCUUCAUAUAGGAAGCCAGCUGAUUGGUACUGAAGUGCCUGGAUUCACAGAAACAGACGAGAAACACAUAAAACCAAAGAGAUUCAUGCUGAUGACUGAUAUUGACACAGACUUGAGCGCUGUUGAAGUGACAACUUUCUCUUUCUGGUCAAUAAACAAGGAACAAAACAUAAGACCAAGUGAUCAAGUACUUCUCCUCGAAACAGUGAAUGAACCAGGAAAAGUUCUUAUUAAUGAUAGAGAGGCAUCGAGUUCGAAGAUGAGUAGAGCUCCUGUAACUUCUGCAACUGUUUGCGCUGCUGAGAAAAAUCCGUAUUUCUUCAAAGUUCUAGUUGAUAAUAGAGUGUAUAACGAUGUGAAGAAUGUGAAAGUGGAACCAAUGAAACACUACGCACAUUCUGCUAAACAAAUGAAGGUUAAGAUCGCAACAUUCUGUCCAGUUGAAUAA